AUCGAGGCUGUCAGCUGGGAAUCUUUUGUUACCCGAUUCUCAUCACGGCCACUCAUCAGGAAAAACGCCUAACAUGAAGUCAGUCACAUAAGACGGAGCUUUCAGGCGUUUUUCAGGUCACUGCAGCUGCUUAAAAGGUAAGUCAAUACUUCAGUCUUAUUUUUCGUGUUACAUUUAGGAAGUAGCACGAGCGUAGUGCUGAUUGGUUAAUUAGAAACUCCGGUAUUAGGCUACGUUGCGUUGGUGGAGGAGCUCGUGCUCGUCCUGUCGAGAGCCGUUGAAGCGGUCAGAUUGAAACGAAAUAAAUCAACAUUCACAAAGUCAUUCAGGUUAGGACUAACUCAACGAUGUUUAACUAACUGCGUUUACUUUAAAGCCCGUUAAUGGUCCGUGGUAGCAUAAACCUUUAAGCUGAAGUUUCCGCCUGGACUGCUGUUGUUUGCACUCUAAAUUAUUAAUGCUGGGAUGUGGUUUCUAAUUUUAGCUCCACUGUAGUCAACUAAAGAUGGAAACCACUGCCAUCGGCAUUUUAUUUUUAAUCUAAUGGACAUGAGGGAAAUUACUCAGCAAAUAUGAACGGGGAAAAUAUGCAGAGCUCUUAAACUUUAUUUUAAAAAAAGAUCAUCUUUAAACUUACACUAUCCUUUACUAGAAGGAUAAGCAGGGCGGUGGUGCUUCUGGCACCCAGACCUGAAAGAGGAGGCCAGGGUCUUCAGUAUGACGGAGGGACCAAGGAAGAGGAACAGCAGCGGCGUGGAUGGAGGUCAGUUUGAGUCCUCAGACCUCCAGCCCGGUUCGGGAAAGGAUGCCGGAGGAUCCAGGGUGGCUCUGCAAAAACAGAUCGGCCUUGUCAGCGCCUGUGGUAUUAUCAUCGGUGAGUGUAUUCAUGUGGCGUUAAGCCUCAUUCAAACGUAGACCUUUGAUCAAAUCCUUCUCUAAAGAGCUGACUUUUUGAUUAACUUUGUGAUAUAUCAUCAUCCUAUCAUUCACACCAUAGACUGUAGGCUUGUCUUGUUGUCCUUAAUAACAGGCUAAAAUGCUACUUUAUGAAUUUGUUUGCCUUAAACCACAGGAUUUAAUCUUGUCUAGCAGGUUGUUUUUUUUAAACAUAUUCUGGAUGGCUUAAAUUGUGCCAAAAAAAAUCAUCUCCUGAAUGCUGUGCUUCUAUUGGAGAUCUCUUAUGGCUUGCAUGUGUCAGGAAUCUAGCAAAAUGACAUCCAGUAUUACAACUCACUUUUUGCCAGUUUUAAGUUUAUUUGAAAAUGUUUUGUGUUGUGAUUUAAGUCUCUUCAUUUACAUGCAUAUAAAUAAAUCACUUUUGAUUGUAUAUACCACACUUAUCUGAUUACUUUCAUUGUACUUUUAAGCCUAGUGGUAGAGAAAGAACAUAAUAUGAUUGCUCGAGUCAAAACUUGGACACUCUUGGUCAAAUAUUACUCCAGUAAAAGUGGGAGUCGUUCAGUUGAAUUGUUACUUAAGUGAAAGCACUGGAGUGCUUGCUUCUAAAAGUACUUAAAACUGUGAUGAAUCAUUUUUACCUGGUUAUGAAACACACUCAAAAUAACAGCAUUAUUCAGAGGUAACCUCAUGACCUAUAAAAGCAAACCAGACCCCCUGGAGGAGGGGGGAUUAACUGGACCCCCAUUCAUCUGCUGCACAAGAGAAAGGCUUUUUAAAAAAUAUCUCUACUACAGAGAUUCAAUUUGGGUUGCACAUUAGAAAAUAAAAUAAAAAAUUAACAGAAGACAUUUUUUUGCCAGAAAACACAACUUACUCUUCAUCAUCAGCAGCAAAAUCUUCUGUAAAUUUUCCCAUUUUGUCCACUGUGUUUGGGGGGCUGAUCCCCCCUUCAUGUCAUUCCCUGCCCUACCCUCAAUUUCCUGCUCUAUCCACUGUACUCUAUCAUAAAGAAGAACAUAGAAAAGGAUACAACUCACUCUUCAUCUUACAGUCCAAAUCACACGCUUAACAACACAAGGAUAGUUUAGUGUCUUUUGGAUCAGGUUUUUUAAAGAGAGGAAAAAUCCUUGACAGAUAUCAUGCAAAAGUAGUGAGUGACAGAAACAUUGAUUAAAAUGUAGCGGAGUCAAAAGUCUUUUAAAUGUUGUGGGAUGAAAAUAAUUAGAUCCCCCCUGAAACAAUACUCAAGUUAAGUAAAGAUACUCAGACAUCGUACUUAAGUCCAGUCCUCAGGGACAUUAACUGGAUCCCUGUCUUCCACUGUGCAAGUGGCUAGUCCUGAGAUGUCUCCCUCAAGUAAUGCUGACUUGGCGUCUUCAGUACACUCUUGGUAUCAGACAUCUUGCGGAGUCUCUUUCAUCAUUGCCUCAUGCUCCUGAGAGCUCUGGGCCUCAGUUUGCUUCUCACAUAUGCAGAGACGAAAAAAAAAAAAACGUCAAUAAAAAAGCAAUCCCACUAAUGGCUGAGAGUCUACCAUUAUAGAGACACGGUAUUUUUCAAUAAUCUGAUGUGUGAUUAGAGCACUACUGAAAUAACCCCCAGUGUUUCCUCUGGGGAGCCCUCUGCUGUGGAAGCAGUUGUCAGCCGUGGUUUCAGGGCCCUGUCUCGUGGGUUCAAGGGGGGUUUGUGCCUCCUAUGUCUCUCCUCUGGCCCUGUGUUAGUGUCCUGUGGCUGUGGGUGGCUCUCUGCUCCUGGUGCAGACGGCUCCUCUGAUGGCGCUUUCUCAACAGGUUUAUCUGUACUCUGCAGGGGUGUGGGUGUGUGUGUGCGUGGCCUUGGGUGUGACUGUGUAUGUAACUGUUGAAUGCGGGUUGUAUGGUAGUAAGGGUAGGGUGAUAUGGUGGAGGGGCAUGGGACUGUUUUUGAUAAGCUGUAAAGCACUUUGUGUUAGAUAUUCUGUAUGAAAAGCGCUUUAUAAAUAAAGUUUUGAUUGAUUUUGGUAUCAGCCUUUACAACCGGUAGUUUAUGGCUGUUUCCAUCACAGUUCAGAUGUUUCUCAAAUCAAAUCAAAUUUUAUUUAUCAUCCCAAGAUGCUUUUCAAAGAACAAGAGCAGGUCUAGACCACGCUCAUUGUUUGAUGAAUUAUCAAGACCCAACCUAAGAUGGGUUUUGGCCCAUCUCAUCUAACAUGAGUAACAGUGGCAAGGAAAAACUUCCUUUUAACAGGCAGAAACCUUGAGCAGGACCCAACUCAUGCCAGACAGCCACCAUACUGCUGCUGGGUUGGGUUUCUCAUACAAACUUCCUUAUGUUGCAUGUAAAUAAGCUCCUCUGCCUUUCCUAGCCUUUAGGUUCUUCCCUGUGUAUGUUUUCAGCAGAGAAACAAACUUAUUUGCCCCGAAACUUUAAUUUGUUGUUUUCCACUGCUGUUCCCAGCAGGCAACAGAGAUGAACUCAUUCUGCCAGCUCUUCAGACAUAAAAAAAGACAGAUCAGACAUCUUGCUGCUCAGAAAAAAAAUGGCAUAAAAAGGUUGCAGAUAAAAAUAUUUUAGCUGUCUCAGCUGCAACAACUAUAAAAGCUUUGUACUGCUAAGACAGCUCAGUUGCGUGUGUGAGGUUAACUGGAAAGAUCCAAACAAGCCUGCAGCUUUCCCACAUUAGCUGGCCACACACACAGUCUGAGUUAAUUUUAUGAUGGCAAACUGUGAAACAUUAACACAGUUGGAAACAGGUCAGCUUGUAGCGGGAGGUUGCGUCUUCCUCUGCAAUCCGUGUUCAUAGCUUUGGGCUUGUUUUCAUGCUGUUGUCGACCUGCUGUGAAUGAGCAGAAAAUCAUCACUUACAUGAUUUCAUAUGCCAGAGCACCCAGCAUUGUCUCAAAAUUGUGUCCAUAUCUGUCUGCUUUUCUACUCAGGCAACAUCAUAGGAUCGGGGAUUUUUGUGAGUCCCAAGGGGGUCCUGGAGAACGCCAGCUCAGUAGGCGUUGCCAUCAUUGUGUGGGUGACUACAGGAGCCAUCACAGCCAUUGGUGCUCUUUGCUAUGCAGAGCUGGGCGUCACUAUCCCCAAGUCAGGAGGAGACUACUCAUAUGUGAAGGACAUUUUUGGAGGGCUGGCUGGGUGAGGAACAAAGAUAUUUGCCUUAUCACCAUGAUGAGAUUAAAGGGCACUUCCGCCACUUUUAUGAAGGUGUCAGAAUCAAAAUGUAAUGCAAUGUGAAACUGAUCAAAUCCUCAGUGUGAGCACCAUACUGAUAAAGACAGUCAAGGGCCCUCUGUCUUAACAGUUCCCUCUCCAUUUCCACACUUCAUGUUCCUAAACAAGAUGUCACCAACAUGCAUUACCAUUCAGAGAUGAAAAACAUCAGAAGUGCAUUGUAAAAGCAUUAUGUGGUAACCUGUGAAAGAUAUUGAGGGAUAAGUUCACCAGACUCAGAGUAUGCCAGCCCCAAUGCAGCAAAAGUCAUGUGAUGAAUCAGCAUCCCAAGAUCGUCAUACUUAACCCUUAGAGGUAGAAGUGCAGUCAUCUGAGCCCUGUCCACAAUAAACCUCUGUACUUCUCUUUCUGUGAAGCUAUGAGUGCCCUUUCCAGUUAGCUCCUGUAAAUUUCUCAGCACUCUGCUUAUGGGAUAUAGCUGCUACUGUAGGUAGUUAGCAUGACAAGUUCAGUUGGGGGGCUAUAAAGCAAAUCUGUAGCUGCCUGCGGUUCCUCCAGGAUUCAGUUGGUAGGUGGAAACCAUUCAUCUUGCAGUUGCUCCCAAAAGACAAAAAAACACCAGCAACAAUAGUGCUCAAUAGCAACAAUAGCAUUGAUAUAGAGAUGAGACAAAAAAAAAAAAAACGUACCAUUUGUAUUUUAAAGGUUCUUCAUUGAAGAGGUUAAGUCUUAUUGAGGAAUAUAGAAAUUCAUUCUCAGCUAUUGUUAACAGGAAUUGCAAUUUUGAACAAAACCCCAGACUCUGACACAUAAUUAUCUACACAAUGGGGCUCUAAGAAAUUACAUGGAUUUCUGUAUGAAAAAGCUUUGUUCCAGUUCAUUGUUCAUACAUUAUAAUGUGAAAUGAUGCAGAAAAGCACUCGACAAAAACGUUCACAGGGUUGUUACGAGCCUUUUGUAAUUAAUGAGAAUAUCCAGUAAACCUCCGCCGCCUCCUCCUCCAGCUCCAUGCUCAACGUGUAAUUAUAGCUUCUCUUAAUGCACGUUUGUAUUCCCAGCAUCCCACAGUAUCCCUGACCCACUUCACUCAUUUCUCUGGUCCUGAAAGACAAUGCUCCACUGCAUUCCUAUAAUGCUCUCAAUUAAUAUGCGUAUUAACCUUUUGUUUUUCUAUUACAUUUCACUGUAAUGAGAGGGAGUAUCCUCAGACUCAAGUGUAUGAGACAGGUCUUUUGACACAGCUCAUCAACCUCCUGUCUUUUUUUGUCUCUCAGUUUUCUGCGGCUGUGGAUAGCAGUGUUGGUGAUCUACCCGACUAACCAGGCUGUGAUUGCUCUCACAUUCUCCAACUACAUCCUGCAGCCCCUCUUCCCCUCCUGCCUCCCCCCGGAGAACGGCCUCCGCCUGCUGGCUGCUGUCUGCCUGUGUGAGUCCCUUUAAUAAAACUGAUGAUUAAAUGGCUCCCCGUGAGAGAUUGUGCAUUUGCAGAUAUGGAUCAUGAAGCAGCACAAUUGAGCCCUCUCAGAAGUGUUUCAGGCGUGAGGAAUUCAAGGAUCACUUUUUGAUUAAUCGUUUUUAUAUUUCCAGGAAGAGAGAGGGACCCUACUUUCUGUUGAACACUCUUUAGCUGGCAGAUAUAAAGUUUGCAACGCUGUGUAAUCGGCAUAAAAAUCGAAAUAGAUAAAGUUUUAAGAUUUCUAUCAGUAUGUAAAUAAUGUUUCAUGUUUGAAAUGCAUUCCCGAGAAACACUGGUUUAAUAUUUCAAGAUAAGUUGUACAGCUAUUGUUGCAAAAUUAACAUUAUUAUUGAAUGCCCUAUAUUGUGCAUGUCUUGUGGCUCACAAACCACCCAAACACAACAACCUGGGAUGCCCUGACACCUUUCUGCUAGAACUAGCAUUAACUUUUCCAGUAGUUUGAGCUCCAGUAGCCUUUCUGUUGGAUCAGAACACACAGGUCAGCCCACCUGCCCUCCACAUACAUCAGUGAGUCUUGGCCACUGUGACCCUGCCUCUAGUUUUCCUUCCUUGAUCCACUUUUGAUGGGUACUGGCCCCUGCAGACAAGAACAAAACCCAGGAGCUGCAGUUUUUAGAUGCUCUGACCCAGUUGUCCUUUGUCUAGGUUGCUCUUACCUUGCACCCAUUUUUCCUAAUAUGCCAACUUCAAAGACAACGUGUUUACUUACCUGUUACUCAAUGGUUACCUGUUCGUGAUCAUAGGGGUAUGAGUAAUCACUGUGCAUUCUUGCCUUGCUGCCACCUUUGCUGUAGAGGACAACAUCCCCUCUAGAUUCAUACAUGUUUUAGCAUUCAUCACAUACUCAAAGCUGUAAAACACUGCAGAUGUGGUUAUAUUCUGCAGCUCCCAGUUGAAAUUCCUGAAGUUGUCAAGUGUCUUGAGGCUUUUUUCUUUUUGCAAUGUGAGACAACUUUUCUUCUUUUUUUUCUUUUUGUUUGUGGAGUGUGACAUUUCUAAGCUCACUCUUGAACUGAGGAUGAGUCAUUGUAAAAGGCUUAAAGUCCUGAGCCAGUAAGCUCUUUUAUUAAAUUAGACACAAGUAUUAAAUAUGAAUGCAAAACAGGAUGAGAUAAAACUAAAUUCAACAAGGAGAAAAAUGAAUACCCCUGUGACAGAUGGGAUUAAACACUCAAGGAGUUCUCGUAAUCAUUUUCAACUGAUGAGAUUGUGUGUACAUAUAGAAUUGUAUUAAAUAAAUUGAGAACUCACUAUUUUAGUAAUGCUCAAGUCUUGUGUGCGCUCAUUUUUUGCAUCUAUAUUCUACACUGUAUAUUUGUAAGAAUAAUGCAUGAAGAUAAAAUGGGUCAAACGUAUUCCAUAAACAUCCCACAAAUAUAGUCAAUUCUAAUUAAGCUGUUUCACUGUCUUUCAGUGUUGCUGACGUGGGUGAAUUGCCACAGUGUGCGAUGGGCCACAUGCGUCCAAGAUGUCUUCACAGCAGGGAAGCUCUUGGCUCUGGGCCUCAUCAUCAUCAUGGGUAUAGUCCAAAUAUGCAAAGGUAAUGUUUGCUUUCUCCAUCUCAUCUGAAUAAUCACAUCAUCAUCAUGACCCUUUCAUCUGUCCUGAAUUACAAUUUGAAAAUAACUCAGGCUUAAAAAGACAAAAGCUGUUUUUAGAACAGCAGCGUUUUGGUUACCGGCACGAUAAACUGGUGCCAUAUUUUACUUCUCAUGAGAUUUAGGAUUUCAACAUAAGAGAAGGGAUUACAGCCUCAGAGCUCGACAUCUCUUGAUAAUCCAUGCACACAUUUCCCAAAGAAGAGACUUAUUCGUUUGCCCUAUUUUUUGUGUCAUGGAGGAUAGAGACUUUUAGAGUCAAUAGAUUUCCUUCUGACUUUAAAUCAAUCUGGUGUUGCUUGUGUGGCUGAAUCCUGACCAAGCUGGGACUGCAUAGGUGCAUUAAAUUAACUACAGAAAUUACCUUAGAUCUAAAGAUUAGAUCUAAAGAUUUGUCAAACUUUGUGUGUUACUAUAUGAUUAAAAAAGCUGACCAGCUCACUCUAAAAAGAACAAAAGGAAGUUCUUCCAGACAACACAGAUGUCCAUAUUGAUUAAGUGUCAACAUUUAUUUGACCCAUUUUAUACACAGUGAUAAGAAAGCAGUGCACUGAAAGGUGGAGUAAUUAUAACAGAGAGCUUUAAAAAACUUAAGAAAACGUUGGUGUGUCUGGUGCCCCCUGCUGCUGAGGCUGUGGAGGAGAAAAACAUUUCACAUCAAGCUGCACUUCAAUACAGUUUAACAUGAAAUCAUUUCUGGUUCACAGGCCACUACUACUGGUUGGAGCCGGUCCACGCCUUUGAGACUUUCAGAGAUUACGAUGUGGGUCUGAUCGCUCUCUCCUUCCUACAAGGCUCCUUUGCUUAUGGAGGCUGGAACUUCCUCAACUACGUCACAGAGGAGCUGGUUGAUCCGUACAGGUGACACAUCACAUUUACACACUCUGGAUUUUUUUUUUGUGAGGAAAUGAGAUAUUGAUGGUACUAAAUACAUGAAAUGCAUACGAUCUCUAUAGUGUUACACACACAAUCUGUUAAACUAAUGACAUUCAGCGUGACAGCCAUAUAGACUACUGUAUCCAUGCUAAGGUAACAGUGAUGAAUGGAGUGCAAUAUUUGCAGCUAUGGGUGGCUGUGAUAUUCUUCUUUUUUUUUUUUUUCUUAGAAUAAAAAAGACCAUACUUGAAUUUAAGUAAAUUACCAUUUGCACAGAUACAGGAUAAAAUCAAUAGAACUGUAACCCAAAGAUUAACAGUCAUACACUUAAAAACAUUUUUAAAAUAUAUGAGAAGACAUCUUAUAAAGUGUUUAAUGUGAGUUAUUGCACAUAAGAGAUUUUGCACAGCUCUGGUUACAUACAAUGUUGUUGCACUACUUCUGUUUGAUAAUUUUGUUGCGCUGUGAGGUACUUAGCAUCCAGAAAAGUGUCUAAUCAGUUGGCCAUUUAAUCAGCCUUCAUUUGGCAUAAAUUCAUGACAAAGGUUUAAAAAGAUACUUUACAAAAAUAACAGAUGUAGACCACGCUCUUUGUUAUAUUAAUAACACUGAGAAAAGAUUCACUCUUAUCCUAAUCCACCAUGAGUAAAGCACUACUCAGCAAGCAACAGUGCCAAGGAAAACUUACAGUAACACAACAGAAACCUUGAGAAGAACCAGCCUCAUGUUAAGCAGCCAUCUGCCGAGAUGGUGUUGGGAUUUUAAAGCGAGAUAAGAGAGAUUCAGAGGAGAGAGGUGGAUAAAGACACAUAGCAGCAAUGACACAAGCGGCUCAUACAAAGUUAUGAUGACAAAUAUGAGAAUAUUAAAAAUAUGUUUACAAUUUCAGGAGCAGCAAAGCAAUGAUUUUAGACUCAUUUUAGUGCCGAAUGUUAAAGUGAAAAAAGGAGACACCAUAGACAAUAGAAAAAAAUCAUAAAUGAUCAUUUUGAAUUGAAGUCACGGGAGUACAGGGGAAGCUACAGUGGUCCAAAAGUGGACUCCUGAGGGAUGCCCUUUUGUGCCUUUAUUCACUUUUUUUUUUACUGCUGCUGAGUAUCUAUCUAAUACUGUUGAUUUGAAGGUUUGCAGUGAUUUAUUUUCCAUGAGAAAAUGCACAAAAAUGAACUGCAAUAUUUUCUUUCAUCCCCACAGAAAUUUACCUCGUGCAAUCUUCAUCUCAAUCCCUGUGGUCACCUUUGUAUAUGUGUUUGCCAACGUAGCCUACGUCACCGCCAUGAGCCCGCAGGAGCUGCUGGCCUCCAAUGCUGUGGCAGUGGUGAGAAAACAAACUCUCAUAGUUCAAAUUAUAACAUGAUUGUGUGCUGUGAUGCUUUCAAAAAAAUGCAUGCACUCAAAAAAAGUCUGUAAUCACAUGUAGAUGGAGUUGUGCUACACCAGCCUUUUAGGUGGACCACGAUUUUAGAUCAGACGCAUGCUUACUCUGUCGCCCUUUACACCCAUUUAGAAAUCCUCUGUUUAGUUGUUAAUACUCAAAUGUACUUGUUUUCUCCGCCUCUCUCUCUGCUCCUAAUAUUUCUCUCAGACUUUUGGAGAGAAAUUGCUAGGAGUAAUGUCAUGGAUCAUGCCCAUCUCUGUGGCGCUCUCCACCUUUGGGGGGGUCAAUGGCUCCCUCUUCACGUCAUCGCGGUCAGUUUGUCUCCCACGUCUUCACCCUCUCUGCCCCCUCCUUCUUUCCACUCAGGCCUACAAGGCAGUUGUGCUUGUCUUUUCUUUGGUGAAGUGUUGUAUUAGACCGGUUAUCUUUGACUUACCUCGGACUUAAAUGGAGAAGCUAGAUGAGCAAAGUGAAAAUGUGAAGCUUGGCAGAGUUAUGGAGCUUCAAACUGGAUGUCAGAUUGAGAGGGCAUGUUGACAUUGUUGUUCUCUAGAAGGUUAUUUUACCCUUCUUAGAUAUGCCUGUGAAUGAAUAACAUAUCUCAAAAGGCUUUGGUAGAUUUUUCACUGUGCAAAUACUGCUUCUCCAGGCUUUUCUCUUUACCUGUGCUUUCAUAGUCACCUGACCUAUGUGUGUUUCCUGAGCUCUUCUUUCAGCUUGCAGGUGCACAGGGUGAACAGGCACCAGAUGGCUCUGCUCUCAUGACUGAACCUGUCUCUUGCUCUGUGUCUCAGGCUGUUUUUUGCUGGAGCAAGGGAAGGCCAUCUCCCACGCCUGCUGGCCAUGAUACAUGUUGAGCGCUGCACACCCAUACCAGCAUUACUGUUUACUGUGAGUCCAAACAAAACCACUCUCUUUUUUUGGAGCAUCCAUCUUUAUCUCAUACAGAAAUAAAAACUCUUCCCUCUCAUCACUGUGUUUAGUUAAUCUCCACUCUGCUGAUGUUGUGCACCAGUGACAUUUACACCCUCAUAAACUAUGUGGGUUUCAUCAACUACCUCUUCUACGGCGUCACUGUUGCCGGGCAGAUUGUGCUGCGUAUCAAAGAGCCAAACAUGCACCGACCCAUCAAGGUGAAUAAACCCAAUAUUUUAACAUCAACUUUUAAAACCCAACAUGCCGUUAUGACAACUUCAUUGUCUAUCCCCUCAUCCUCCAGGUGAGCCUGGUGUGGCCAGUGAUCUACCUGCUGUUCUGGGCCUUCCUGCUCAUCUUCUCUCUAUACUCUGAGCCUGUCGUCUGCGGUAUUGGUCUGGCCAUCAUGAUGACAGGUGUGCCUGUGUUUUUCCUUGGAGUCUACUGGGAAAACAAGCCAAAGUGUUUUGACAACGCUGUCGGUGAGACAGCACACUUAUUUUUUGAAAUUAUUUUUACCAUAGGUAUAAAGUAAGCUGAUGUUGAGUUUUACUACAUUUAGAGAACAUUGGUUGAUUUUGUAAUUUUGUCUUUUUGACUAACAUAAAAACCAAAGAACCAAAGAUGCUGCCAUUGAAGUUGUUUGAAUUAAAAUUAUAAUGUUGAAUUCAUGGAGCAACUGUUGAUUGACAAUGGACAGGGAGUUAUUGUUGAAGGUGAAAAAAAAGUUUCUUUGACUUACUUUGGUCAGUGAAAAAAGGAGCCGCAGUGAUCAGACGGAUAGAAAGUGGGAACAGCUUGUACGUAAAAAAGAACAGCACAACCAAUCCUCCCUUUGCCAUUGUUUUAUGGUUGGAUUCCAGUACUAGAUGGAUGGAUGGAUGGAUGGAUGGAUGGAUGGACGGACGGACGGACGGACGGACGGACGGACAGAUAGAUACGAUAGAUAUGAUAGAUAGAUAGAUAGAUACGAUAGAUAGGUAGAUACGAUAGAUAGAUGGAUGGAUGGAUGGAUGGAUGGAUGGAUGGAUAGAUAGAUAGAUAGAUAGAUAGAUGGAUAGAUACUUAAUUAAUCCCAGAGGGAAAUUCAAAAGGAUGGAGUCAUUCCAUGCCACUCAUUAUAUAAUUACUCACAUAUACGUAUAUGAUUAAUAAGGGAUGUAUUUAUUGAAAUAAAAGCCACAAAGUGACUUCUGACAUGAAGGUUAAUAAUGUGUUUACAUUUAGAUCUAACACAAGAUCAUUUCCAUCCCUAUCUGUGUCCAGGGAAAAUGACCCAUCUGUGCCAAAAGCUCUGCUCAGUGGUCUACCCCGUCAUGGACGAGGACCAGACGCCUGCUGCUUCUCCAAAAACAGACGGAGAUGGUGGAGAUGAAAAACUCUCAGACAGCUGAUUGAACAUUUGCAUAAAGACAAAGACAUUUAAUCAGUCAGUGCUGAUGGGGAGAAAAGACACUUGCUGAAACACUCACCCUCUCCAGCAAGGUGUUUAAAAUGAAAUAACACUAAACACUGAAAUGAUGGACCACAGUCUUGGUUACUUUCAUGUUACUGUUAAAACUUUUUUUUUUCACAAGCUGUUAUUGCACUGUUUGUUGUAUGUGAGUCUGCUGUGGGAAAAUGGUUUUAAUAUGCAUAUUGUUUGUAUUGUUCAAGCUGAAUGUACUUAAGAUAUUACCUCACUAAUAACACUAAAAUGUUUUCUUUUCCAAA